UAAAAAAAUGCAUGCCUGAUUGUGUUUGCUAGGAAGCUCCAGGUUCCCUGCCAAGAGCCCCUGUCAUCGCAGCUUCCAUUGGGAGGAGCUGGAGGGAGGCCUCGCCCGGUUCCGGGCAGCCACAGACGAGCGAAGACGUCUGAGGAAGAUUUGCAUCGGCCUGAGCUCUUGGGGUCUUCUUAUUACCAUCAAUAUUAUUAUUUAUUGAAUUUAUAUCCCCCUAUACCCGGAGGUCUUAGGGCGGUUCACAGAAACUCUUAUCAUGGCUGGAGUUCAGCUUCGACUUGCUGUCGCCUUGCUGUAAUUGCAGUUACGAAGCAAAGAAGCUUUCCACUACAUCUGCCUGAACGGGGAUGGAGGGACAGAGCUGAGCUAGGAUCAUCGCUUAUUUUUUUUUUAAAAAAGAGAGAGGGUGGUGGUGGGUGGAAAAUGACGACAGAGAAGGCAGCAGAAUUCUCGCCCCUGGAUCUUCAUGAGUUUGACCAGCACGUGAAGCCAGAAAGAAAAAUGGAGAGGCGAGAACGUGGAUCCAGGAGAGGGCUGCAAAUAACUGGGGAGACCUCCCUGGCAUCCGAGGUGGAGACGGUUAUUGUUGCGGCAUCGCCGCAAGGCAUUAAACAGGAAGUGGGCGAAGGACCGUCGUCCCAGCAGUGGGACGGGCAGUGGCAGGACUACCCAGAUGCCUCACAGUCCCCUCUCUCAGGGCAGGGAGACCUGGAACUGGAAGAGACAGUAUUGAAGGACGAUGUGAAGGACUCCCAUUCCCACUCCGAAGGAGCAGCGGCCACCAGCCGGUGGGCUAAAGGCAGGACAAGGCCCCGGCUCGGGACAGGGCGCCCCCAGACAGCCCAAGAGGCCCCAAGUGCAAAAAGUGACAGUGGGAGCAGUGACGAGCAGGCAAGCGAGGCCGAGGCCACAGAGUCCGUCAGUCCUGAAUGCCAGCGCCAGCGCUUCCGCCAGUUUGGCUAUGAAGAAGCCGAGGGGCCAUGGGAGGCCUACUGUCAACUCCGGAGGUUUUGCCACCAGUGGCUCAUGCCAGAGAGGCACACCAAAGAGGAGAUCCUGGAGCUGGUGAUUCUGGAGCAAUUCUUGGCCAUCCUGCCCCCGGAAAUGCUGAGCUGGAUCCGAGAACGCGAUUCAGAGAGCUGCUUCCACGCUGUGGCCCUUGCUGAGCAUUUUCUCCUGAGGCAGCGAGAGGCUCAGAGGCAGGACCAACAGGUGGGAAUGAAAGAGGAGGCAGCUGUGAAUUUCUCUGCGGGAGAAGGUUCUUCGCUGGAUCUGACCCUCAGGCAGCUCUACAGGGAGGUCAAGGAGGAGGGGGAAGAUGAGGAGGAGGAAGAAGAAGAAGCCAGUGUGCUAGGUGACGAAGGGCAGGAUGAAAAUGACGGGAUGCCAAUAGAAGAAGAGAACUGCCAGGACUUUGAGGAGACAAUUUCAAAACCAGCGGAGCCAAAGGAAUACGGAACAGAAGAGCAUAGGAAUGAAUCCGUUGCGCCGGAGGGUGAAACAGCAGCCGAACAGGCAGCACCCAAAUUAAAGAGGCCAAGUGAUAGAUUGUUCCACGGCCUCAACAGACACCAGAGGAACAACUCAGGGCAGGAACUCUAUGACUGCUCCGAUUGUGGCAAAGUGUUUAUCUCCAGAGCUGGCUUCAUCAUGCAUAUAAGAGUCCAUGGCCGGGAGAAGCCGUACGAAUGUGCAGACUGUGGCAAAAACUUCCGGCGGAGCUCCCAUCUCAAUAACCACAGCAAAAUCCACGCAGGAGUGAAGCCGUUCAAAUGCUUGGACUGCGGGAAGGGGUUCAGUCGGAACUCAAACCUUAUUUCACACCAGAGAAUGCACACGGGUGAGAAGCCAUACUCGUGCUCCUCCUGCAGCAAACAGUUUUGCGAUAAGUCGAGUCUGGUGAGACACGAGAGGCUUCACACUGGAGACAGGCCGUACAAAUGCACUGCAUGUGGGAAAAGCUUCAGCCAGAGCCACCAUCUCAUAACACACCAGAGAAGCCACACGGGCGAGAAACCGUACAAAUGCCUGCUCUGCAGCAAAAGCUUUUGCGAUCGAUCGACUUACAUUAGGCACCAGAAAAACCACACGGGGGAGAAGACGUUCAAAUGCUCCGAGUGCGGCGAAAGUUUCAGCCGGAACAAGCACCUCAUUAGACACCAGAGCAUUCAUACAGCCAGGGAGCUGUACACGUGCUCAGAUUGCGGCGAAAGUUUUUGCCGCCGGUCAGGCCUGAAGAUGCACCAGAAGAUCCACACGGGGGAGAAACCGUUUGAAUGCACAGAUUGCGGGAAGAAGUUCAAUCGCAGCACAAACCUUAUCAGCCACCAGAGAAUCCACACUGGAGAGAGACCCUAUGGAUGCCCUGACUGUGGGAAAAGCUUCAGGAGAAGUGAAACACUUAGAAUACAUCAACAAACUCACACAGGGGAGAAACCAUUUAAAUGUAUGGAGUGUGGUAAGAGCUUCAGUCAAAGUGGGACACUUAGAAAACAUCAACGAACUCACACGGGGGAGAAACCAUUUAAAUGUAUUGAAUGUGGAAACAGCUUCAGUGACAGUGGAUCACUUAGAAUACAUCAACGAACUCACACAGGGGAGAAACCAUUUAAAUGUUUGGAAUGCGGUAGGAGCUUCGGUGAAAGUGGAAAACUUAGAAUACAUCAACGAACUCACACGGGGGAGAAACCAUUUAAAUGUAUGGAGUGUGGAAAGAGCUUCAGCCAAAGUGGGACACUUAGAAAACAUCAACGAACUCACACGGGGGAGAAACCAUUUAAAUGUAUUGAAUGUGGAAACAGCUUCAGUGACAGUGGAUCACUUAGAAUACAUCAACGAACUCACACGGGGGAGAAACCAUUUAAAUGUAUUGAAUGUGGAAAGAGCUUCAGUGACAGUGGAUCACUUAGAAUACAUCAACGAACUCACACAGGGGAGAAACCAUUUAAAUGUAUGGAGUGCAGUAAGAGCUUCAUUGAAAAUGGAGCACUUAGAAUACAUCAACGAACUCACACGGGGGAGAAACCAUUUAAAUGUUUGGAAUGCGGUAGGAGCUUCGGUGAAAGUGGAAAACUUAGAAUACAUCAACGAACUCACACGGGGGAGAAACCAUUUAAAUGUAUGGAGUGUGGAAAGAGCUUCAGUCAAAGUGGGACACUUAGAAAACAUCAGCAAACUCACACGGGGGAGAAACCAUUUGAAUGUAUGCAGUGUGGAAAGAGCUUUAGUAGAAGUGAAACACUUAGAAUACAUCAACGAACUCACACGGGGGAGAAACCAUUUAAAUGUAUUGAAUGUGGAAAGAGCUUCAGUAGAAGUCAAACACUUAGAAUACAUCAACGAACUCACACGGGGGAGAAACCAUUUAAAUGUAUGGAAUGUGGAAAGUGCUUCAGUCAAAGUGGGACACUUAGAAUACAUCAACAAACUCACACAGGGGAGAAACAAUGUGAAUGUGUGCAGUGUGGAAAGAGCUUCAGUGAUAAUGGAAGACUUAGAAUACAUCAACGAACUCACACGGGGGAGAAACCAUUUAAAUGUAUUGAAUGUGGAAAGAGCUUCAGUAGAAGUCAAACACUUAGAAUACAUCAAGAAACUCACACAGGGGAGAAACCAUUUAAAUGUAUUGAAUGUGGAAAGAGCUUCAGUAGAAGUCAAACACUUAGAAUACAUCAACGAACUCACACGGGGGAGAAACCAUUUAAAUGUAUGGAGUGUGGUAAAAGCUUCAGUCAAAGUGGGGCACUUAGAAUACAUGAAGAAACUCACACAGGGGAGAAACCAUUUAAAUGUACUGAAUGUGGAAAGAGCUUCAGUAGAAGUCAAACACUUAGAAUACAUCAACGAACUCACACGGGGGAGAAACCAUUUAAAUGUAUGGAGUGUGGUAAAAGCUUCAGUCAAAGUGGGGCACUUAGAAUACAUCAACAAACUCACACAGGGGAGAAACCAUUUGAAUGUAUGCAGUGUGGAAAGAGCUGUGAUAAUGGAACACUUAGAAUACAUCAACAAACUCAUACGGGGGAGGAACCAUUUGAAUGUAUGCAGUGUGGAAAGAGCUUCAGUGAUAAUGGAACACUUAGAAUACAUCAACAAACUCAUACGGGGGAGAAACCAUUUGAAUGUAUGCAGUGUGGAAAGAGCUUCAGGAGAAGUCAAACACUUAGAAUACAUCAACGAACUCACACGGGGGAGAAACCAUUUAAAUGUAUGGAGUGUGGAAAGAGCUUCAGUGAUAAUGGAACACUUAGAAUACAUCAACGAACUCACACGGGGGAGAAACCAUUUAAAUGUAUGGAGUGUGGUAAAAGCUUCAGUCAAAGUGGGGCACUUAGAAUACAUCAACAAACUCACACAGGGGAGAAACCAUUUAAAUGUAUCGAGUGUGGUAAGAGCUUCAGUCAAAGUGGGACACUUAGAAUACAUCAACAAACUCACACAGGGGAGAAACCAUUUGAAUGUGUGCAGUGUGGAAAGAGCUUCAGUGAUAAUGGAACACUUAGAAUACAUCAACGAACUCACACGGGGGAGAAACCAUUUCAAUGUAUUGAAUGUGGAAAGAGCUUCAGUGACAGUGGAUCACUUAGAAGACAUCAACGAACUCACACAGGGGAGAAACCAUUUAAAUGUAUGGAAUGUGGAAAGAGCUUCAUUGAAAGUGGAGCACUUAGAAUACAUCAACGAACUCACACGGGGGAGAAACCAUUUCAAUGUUUGGAGUGCGGUAGGAGCUUCGGUGAAAGUGGAAAACUUAGAAUACAUCAACGAACUCACACAGGAGAGAAACCAUUUAAGUGUAUGGAGUGUGGUAAGAGCUUCAGUCAACGUGGGACACUUAGAAAACAUCAACAAACUCAUACGGGGGAGAAACCAUUUGAAUGUAUGCAGUGUGGAAAGAGCUUCAGUAGAAGUGAAACACUUAGAAUACAUCAAAGAACUCACACAGGGGUGAAACCAUUUAAAUGCGUGCAGUGUGGAAAGAGCUUCAGUAGAAGUGGGACACUUAGAAAACAUCAACGAACUCACACGGGGAGAAACCUUUUAAAUAAACAGUUUAAAUGCAGGGAAUGUGGGGUGUGCUUUAAUCACAAUGGAAGACUUAGGAUUCACCAACGAACUCACACAGGGGAGAAACCAUUUAAAUGUAUUGAAUGUGGAAAGAGCUUCAGUGGAAGUGGAAAACUUAAAGUACAUCAACGAACUCACACGGGGGAGAAACCUUUUAAAUGUAUGGAGUGUGGUAAGAGCUUCAGUGUAAGUGGAGCACUUAGAAUACAUCAACGAUCUCACACGGGGGAGAAACCAUUUGAAUGUAUGGAUUGUGGAAAGAGAUUCAGUAAAAAUGAAACUCUUAUACUACAUCAACGAACUCACACAGGGGAGAAACCAUUUAAAUGUAUGGAGUGUGGAAAGGGAUUCAGUGGACGUGGUUACCUUAGAAUACAUCAACGAACUCACACAGGGGAGAAACCAUUUAAAUGUAUGGAGUGUGGAAAGGGAUUCAGUGGAAGUGGUUACCUUAGAAUACAUCAACGAACUCACACAGGGGAGAAACCAUUUGAAUGUAUGCAGUGUGGUAAGAGCUUCAGUAAAAGUGGAACACUUAGAAUGCAUCAACGAACUCACACGGGGGAGAAACCUUUUAAAUGUAUUGAUUGUGGAAAGAGCUUCAGUGACAGUGGAGCACUUAGAAUACAUAAACGAAUUCACACAGGGGAGAAACCAUUUAAAUGUAUGGAAUGUGGAAAGAGCUUCAAUGAAAGUAGAGUACUUAGAAUACAUCAACGAACUCACACAGGGGAGAAACCAUUUAAAUGUAUGGAAUGUGGAAAGAGCUUCAAUGAAAGUAGAGUACUUAGAAUACAUCAACGAACGCACACAGGGGAGAAACCAUUUGAAUGUAUGCAGUGUGGAAAGAGCUUCAGUGAAAGUGGAGCACUUAGAAGACAUCAACGAACUCACACAGGGGAGAAACCAUUUAAAUGCAUUGAAUGUGGAAAGAGCUUCAUUGAAAGUGGAGCACUUAGAAGACAUCAACAAACUCACACAGGGGAGAAACCAUUUAAAUGUAUUGAAUGUGGAAAGGGCUUCAGUGAUAGUGGAAAACUUAGAAGACAUCAACGAAUUCACACAUGGGAGAAACCGUUUAAAUGUAUUGAAUGUGGAAAGAGCUUCCGUCAAAAUGGAGUACUUAGAAGACAUCAACGAAUUCACACAGGGGAGAAACCAUUUAAAUGUAUGGAGUGUGGAAAGAGCUUCAGCCAAAGUGGGACACUUAGAAAACAUCAACGAACUCACACGGGGGAGAAACCAUUUAAAUGUAUUGAAUGUGGAAACAGCUUCAGUGACAGUGGAUCACUUAGAAUACAUCAACGAACUCACACGGGGGAGAAACCAUUUAAAUGUAUUGAAUGUGGAAAGAGCUUCAGUGACAGUGGAUCACUUAGAAUACAUCAACGAACUCACACGGGGGAGAAACCUUUUAAAUGUAUUGAUUGUGGAAAGAGCUUCAGUGACAGUGGAGCACUUAGAAUACAUAAACGAAUUCACACGGGGGAGAAACCAUUUAAAUGUAUGGAGUGCGGUAAGAGCUUCUGUCAAAGUGGAGCACUUAGAAUACAUCAACGAUCUCAUACGGGGGAGAAACCAUUUGAAUGUAUGCAGUGUGGAAAGGGCUUCAGUGAGAUUGGAACACUUAGAAAACAUCAACGAACUCACACGGGGGAGAAACCAUUUGAAUGUAUGCAGUGUGGAAAGGGCUUCAGUGAGAUUGGAGCACUUAGAAAACAUCAACGAACUCACACGGGAGAAACCAUUUAAAUGUAUUGAAUGUGGAAAGAGCUUCAGUCAAAAUGGAUACCUUAGAAAACAUCAGCUAACACACAUUAUGAAAACUACAGGUGUAUUGAAUGUGGAAUGGGCUUCAGAGGGAGAUCUUAAUGUUCAUUAGCAAAUUCACACACGGAAAACCAUAUAAAUGUAUGGAGUGUUCCACUCAGGGUUCACUACUUACAUCAAGGAACUCAUAAAGGGGGAAAUCAGUUGUAAAUGCAUGGAAUGUGUGAGAUGUACGUAAAUUUGUAUACACAUACAAUCAUACCUCAUGUUGCGUCCGCUGCAGGUUGCGUCUUUUCAUGUUACGGACACGCCGAAACCGGAAUUACCGGAACGGGUUACUUCUGGAUUUCGCUGCGCGUGCAUGCGCAGAAGCACUAAAUCAUGCUUUGUGCAUGCACAGAAGCGCUGAAUCGCAACUCGCAGAUGCGCAGGCGCAGAUUGGGAACACUGUGGGUUGCAAAUGUGCCUGCUACACAGAUCACGUUCGCCAACCAAGCAUCCACUGUAUAUAUUUAUUAAGUAAUGAAGGUCACAUACACUAAAUGUACAAAACAAGUAGCUAGUUGUUGCUAGAUAAGCAGGGAGAGUGUGUUUUGAGGUCCGCCCUUAACUGCCAAAAUGAUGGGCUGCCCUUGUCUUAUAGAUCAACAUUCCAGGCGCUCACUACUUGAACUUUGAAUAAUCCAUUGAAGACUUUUUUACUGAUAGCAUUUUCCAGCUGAAUGAAAAGGUCUCUGUGUUAAAUGUUCAUUUGGGAUUCCUUUUAAAAUUCAUCUUCUCCUAUUUUCUGUGCUCUUGUGUACCUGUUUUGAGCUGUUUUUAUUAAAUAUUUUCUGCAUUGGCUUUUGACCUGUGGAAGGUGACUAGU